AAACUGACUGAUGAUAAUCUUUGUUGUCCAAAAAGCCUAUCAUCUGGGUCAGGAGGAGACGGACUGGUUUGAGAAGCCGAGGGAGGCUCGCGCCAACCGCUCCAGACACCAUGGGAGUGCAGGCCACAUCUCCACAGGUAGACAACAGACCGGCGCCAAUGUGAAGCACACCUACCAUGACUACGACGAGCCCCCCGAGGAGCAGGACCUGUGGCCUCAAGAUGAGUACAACAACCAACCUCGCCACCCCUCGUCCACCUCAUCAUCCCGUGACCACCGUGGUUACCAUGGCAGUAGCGGCGGCAGUUCGGGGAGGCACUCAUCUUCCCGACACUCUGGCGAGGAGCCCCGGUCGUCCAGCCGCUCCUCCAGAACACACCCCAAAGACCCAUCCGCCCGCUCUGAGGGCCGUGGAUCCUCCUCCACCCAGAAGAGGGGAGGCUCGGAACCCCGUUCCUCCCGGGAGGGCUACCGGGAUCGGGACUCUGGGGACUACUCCUCCCGUGAUCCGGCCUCUGGACACCACCGUGAGGGCACCGGGGGCAGGGGUCAGAGGCCACCGGGCUCGUCUUCCAGGAGACAGGAGGGGGUGCCCUCUGCAGGGGCCAAGCAGGGCCUGGGGCAGCAACCCCAGGGUGGUCCAGGGGGGCCCCAGCAGCAGGGGCAGCGUUCCAGUGGGCAGUCCCAGUCAGGCAGACCGCCUGGGUCCCAGGGGCCAGACGGGGGACAGCCAGCCCAGCAGCCUGGCCAGCAGCAGCAACGCACCCAGCAGCAGCAGCAGCAGCCCCUGCAGCAGAGCCAGCUUCCUCAGACCACUGCUGGUGGGCCUCAGGCCAAUCCAGGGACCGCAGGGCCAGGUCCCAUGGCAGGACCAGGGACAGGACCAGGGACAGGACCAGGUACAGGACCAGGGGCAGGACCAGGAGUGGCACAGCACCAGGAUAAACCUGUCCAGACUCCGGCACAAGGCCGGCAGCCAGCUGGACCCGCCACAGGCCAGUCACCAACCACAGUCGUGACCCCUGCUACACCUGCAGCAGCCAUUGGGGGGGUGAAACCUGCAGCAGCGAUUGGAGGGGCAGCAGCAGCACAGCCUCCCAAGACAGUCACACCCCCCCUCACAGGCAUUGGCUCUAAAGCAGCCCCUCCUGGAGGGAUAGGUAGCAGGCCUGGAGGGAUAGGUGGGAUCGGCAGUGCAGCGGCAGGCCAGCCUCCAGCGGACGGGGGAAACGUUCUCACCAAUAUCCUGGGAGGGGCGGGAGGGGCUGCCGAGCAGGCAGGGAAACUGGGUGAUGGUAAGGCCCUGAGUGCCUGA